GCAUGAGAGAAUAUGAAUGCAAUAAUUCAAAUCAAUAUCAUGGACCAUGAUACACCGUAUUCAUCACACAUCAACCCCUAGAGGGGCCACCAAAGGUCAAAGGAAACUGUUUGUGGAAGCCAAGAUCCAAAGAGGCAUCACUCUCUGUUACCACCUAGAGAGAGAUAGACACCUCUACUCUCUUCUUCCAUCUUCACAAAAAUGGCUAUCACAAUUUCCAUUUCCCAUUUUACCCCUACUACAUUCCUCUAUUUCCUUCUCUUAUCCACUUCCCAUCCCAUUUUCGCCAUUAACAUCACUAAUCUCUUAUCAUCUUACCCUAAUCUCUCCGACUUCACUAAUAUCCUUUCCAACACCUCCGUUACAACCGAUCUAGCCCAACGCUCUUCCUUAACCAUCCUCGUCGUCCCUAACAACUUCCUCCGCCGUCAACCACCGUCAAACGCCGUUAACCUCGCCGACAUCCUCCGUUACCAUGUCCUUCUUGAAUACCUUUCUUGGCCUGACCUUAAAAGCAUACCACCCAAAGGAAAAGUCGUCACAACUCUGUUACAAACCACUGGUCGUGCCCCGAAUAGCUUCGGGUCGGUUAACAUAACCCGAAAUAGCAAUACCAAUACAAUCACAGUUCAUUCACCAACUUCAAACGCUACAAUUCUUGAACUUUUAAAGACACUUCCUUAUAAUAUAUCUGUUUUUACGGUUGAUUCGUUGUUGGUGCCUAAUGGGUUUGAUCUUAUGGCUUCUGAGACUAGACCUCCUUUAGGUCUUAAUAUUACGAAGACACUUAUUGAUGGUCAUAAUUUUAAUGUUGCAGCUUCAAUGUUAAUUGCUUCAGGGGUAGAAGAGGAAUUUGAAAGAGAUGAAGGUGGGGCAGGAUUAACGUUGUUUGUUCCAACUGAUGAUGCAUUUUCAGACAUGUCAUCUUCGAGGGAUUUCCAAUCUUUACCAGCUGAGAAAAAAGCUGUUGUUUUAAGGUUCCAUGUUUUGCACUCUUAUUAUCCGUUAGGUUCGUUAGAAAGUAUAGUUAAUCCAGUUCAACCAACAUUAGCUACAGAACAAAAUGGUGCUGGGAGUUUUACCCUAAACAUUUCAAGAUUCAAUGGUUCUGUUGGGAUUAAUACAGGAAUUGUUACAGCGUUUGUGACACAAACAUUGUUUGAUCAGAACCCUGUGGCAAUAUUUGGUGUAUCAAAAGUGCUGUUACCUAAAGAGUUCUUUUCAAUUGAUGUGAAUAAUAAGACUAUAGAAUCUGGGGUAGCUUCACCACCGGAGAUUCCUUUAUCGCCGGAAUAUUCGCCGGGAAUCUACGGUGGCCACUUGUCAUCACCACCAGUGUUAGGGAAUGUGACGUCAUCGACGACGAAUGUUGGGAAAAAGGAAAUCUUCUUAUGGUGCAUAGGGUUCUUCUACCUACUACUACUGGUCAUUAAUUAAUUGUUGAAAUUAUAAUUUAUUUUUUUGGUCUUGCCAUUAUUAUUUUACCCUUUUUUACACGGCAUAUUGAAAAUUGGAUGCUGCUACCAGAAAAGCAGCCAUUUUUCAAUUGGGAUUCUUGGGAGUAUGUUUAAUUCUGUGUCUCUAUCUGGAAGUGAUUUUUAGAUUAGGGAAUUUUUUGCAUUUGUAAUAUCCAUUUCUUGUAAUCUUGUAAAGCUUCAAUUUUUUUUUUUUUACUACGAUGAAUCGUUGAGUAUAUUUAUAAUUUAUGUAAAGAUAAGGUUUUUCGAA